GGCCGCCACAGAGACCAUUUCCUUGCUGGUGGGCUUCUCUGCCGGCCAGGUGCAGUACCUGGACCUCAUCAAGAAGGACACCAGCAAGCUUUUCAAUGAAGAGCGGCUGAUUGACAAGACCAAGGUGACAUAUCUGAAGUGGCUGCCUGAGUCCGAGAGCCUAUUCCUCGCUUCUCACGCCAGUGGCCACCUGUACCUCUACAAUGUCGGCCACCCCUGUGCAUGCACCCCACCCCAGUAUAGCCUGCUGAAGCAGGGUGAGGGCUUUGCUGUCUAUGCAGCCAAGAGCAAGGCUCCCCGCAACCCACUGGCCAAGUGGGCGGUGGGUGAGGGGCCCCUCAACGAGUUUGCUUUCUCACCUGACGCAUGCUUCUGCGCGGGCUCAUGA